AUGGCCGCUCAGGAGCCACCCGCUGGUGGAGAAGGGGAGCCGCCCCCAAAGGGCCAAGGACAGAGUGAGGCCCGCCAGGCGGAGAAGGAGGAGGCCUGGCUUACAAAAGUUCACCCUGGCUUGUGGUAUUGGAAAGAAGAAACUCAGACUCUUGAAUUUGUAAGCGCUCAGCCCAAGGAGGAACCCAAAGAAACUAAGGAGAAGACAAAGAAAGGUGGCAAGACCAUUCAUUUUCAGGAGCCUGGAGCAAAGCCACUGGAGAGGCCAAGUCCUAGUAUGUUCCGAGAUUUAUGUGCUCUAAGACCUCCUACCGUAGAGGACAAAUCACCUCGACUAGCGAAGCGGGGACAAAAUGAACUGAUCACAUUAGAAGAUGUUAAAUAUGCUGCUUUGUUCCUGGCCCAUGAAGAUGAAUCCUUUAAUGUCCCUUCUUUCUCCGUAGUUAUGAGGUGUAAGCAGCUAGAUGAUUUCCUUAUGGCUCUAUUGUACUAUAUCUCUUUUUAUCUGGAAAAGAUAGCCCUGGAGAUGAAACCCAAAUCUUUUAUGGGAAAGCCCAGUGCCCUGGAAAAGAAAGAGAUAAAGCAGAAUCAGAUUAACCUGGCCGUGACCAAAAAGCACCUGGCUGAGGUGUACUGCAUCCUUAUCCUUGGACUAGGAAUGUCGGAGCAACACCACAUGUCGUGUGGAAAGAGGAAAAUAUCAACAUCACAGAAAGACAGAGACUUCUUUGAGUGCUUGUACAGAUUUGCUGCUUAUGUGGCUUUCGUGACAUUCAGACAGAAGAACCUCAAGGAAAUCCAGCAAGAAGUUGGGAGAUUACUCCGCUCCAACAUAUUCAACCCAGCUCUGAGAGAGAAAACCAAACCGGAGGAGCUUUUAAAAAUUGCUGUUGGAAAGGAGGUGAAGAAAACCACUUUCGCCUACCGCAAGAGCACGGAUGCCAAGCAACCAGCCAUACGAAGUGUCAUGGAUAUACGGUCACCGGUGCUGAGCACUUUGCUGCCUAUGGCUAAAGACAGUGCCCAGUACCUUUUCCAGGACCAUUAUCUUCGUCCUGGCAAGACCACUCCGAGUUUUAGUCCUGAAGACCUGCCAGAGUUAUCCUCCAUUGUGACAGCAUCCAAGAUUGGUAUUAUCGGAGCGCCACGAAACAAAUUCAUCCCUCACACGCUCUUGCCUCUUGGGACCCAAGAGGACGAAGAGGAAGACACAGAAAGCCUGCAAACCAGGACAAGCACCACAUCCAUUAUUUCCCGAGAACUGACCAGUGCCCUGAGGAGCGCUCAGAGCAGUGGAAGCCGCCAGUCUGUGGUGAUUUCAAGGACUACCACAGAAGCAGAUUACUCCGAGAACCUCUAGUAGAGUUCAUAGGCUACCAUUAGGGCUACCUAAUGAUAGCCUUUUCUAUAUAUUCAAUAAAUCUCUUUCAACCUUCU